AUGAGAAUACGGUGCAGGCCUCGACUUGAGCGCCGGUUGCCCGUUCCAUCGCACCAGCAAGGGGAACAUUCCUUGGACAGCAGAUCCGAUGAAGCAAACCCUAUUCCUCCUGAGCCGGUCGAACUCAGCCAGUCAAGUCGACCCGGCGAUCGACUUCAACUCCCUCGAGCUAGAGAGCAGCCCCCCAGCUGGCCCACGCGAGCACAACCUCCAACAGGCUCCGCUCUUGGACCUCGCGAGAUUGGUGGGAGCUUCGCCAGUCGACGGGGGCAUGUUGCCCAACUCUCGAUCAGCGAUACCAACCACCACGUCACUGAGGCAAUCGGAGACAUGUAUGGCGACGAUGAUUACUCGAAACCCGACUCGCGCCCCCUCAGUUUUGUGUCCUCCCCGCUUAACGAGGCCGUUGAUGAAGGAAAUUCAUAUGUUGACUACAACAAAAACCGGGCACGACCGACUAUGAAUGGUAACGCUGGAAAGAAGGCACAUACAUCGCCUGCUCUAUUGCAGAGUCAGAGACACAACCCCCCUGACAAAGCGCCGCUGUCGCCCUCGUUAUCACUUCGAGAUCGCAAUAAUUCUGCAGACGCUGCCAAUGCCCAAUUCCCACUCAAUGACAUAGACUAUGAAUCGAAUCCAGCUGCGGUUGCGCAGGAGCUUAGCAACCUACAAGCAUUACGGCGCAUGUCAAUGGAUGUUGGAAAUACAAGUGAUCCCGAUCUGCCUUCUUUCCAAGGGGUGUCAUUAAUGCCAACUGCCGCGCCCACAGGCAACGAUGAUGAAGAUGAUCCUUCGCGGCUCUUUUGGGUUCCUGCCAGAGUCCAUCCUGAGCUUGCUCCCAUGGAAUUCAAGACAUUCUUGGAGAAUAGAGUACAAUCCAUCAAAAGGCGAUCUGGAGACCAAUCAUCUUUGUCGCCCGAAAGUAUUGAACGAAGUGGAUCAGGCGGAGGGCUGAGGAGGAAGAAGUCCAUGCUAUCGCGGCAGAUUGAUAAUGAUGGCGGCCGAGGGGCGAUCGGAUACAAGGAUGGGUCUGAACAAUUAGAGAGAAAGAAAUCCCUCUCCGGAAAUCAGGCGCUGGAUGUGAAGAUUGCAGACUUAAAAGAGCUAGAUGAGCUAGUUCGGGACCCUUCAAAGGCCAUGCAAAAGUUGAGCCUCGACAUGGGGGAUGGAAAUGCUGCUGGGGGGGAUCCGUCGACAAUGGACGAAGACAAGCCAAUCCUGCCACAAGCCCCGGGAGUCGGGUUGAGGAGGUCAACCAGAACGACAUACAGGAGAGGGAGUUUGAGGAAAGGGGAAAGAGUGCCUUUCUCUAAGAGGGCUGGGUCACUACGAGGAGAUACGGAUGCAGAAGAGUCUCCGAUGUCAUCGCCUAUCGAGAGUCGCCCAUCCAUUGGAUACCCGCUGACGAAGGUUCAAGCGGAGCCCACAGCAGCAGAGAACUUCUCACGCCCAAACCGCGGAGCAAGGCGGCUUCAGAACGCGUCCACAGGCAGCUCGACAUUGUCGGAUCCCCAGGCGAGCUCACACGAGGCACAGGAAGACUUGCAUUCCAACGAUAUAUCCAUGCAGCCACCACAACCAGGCCAACUUCCAAAGAGCAACACGUUUCCUGUAGCUGGAGCACCAGUUCCUCGAAUAGUUGAAACACCCCCACCUCCGGAGGAACCCGCAGAAUCAACAACGUCGUCUCGUCAAGCUUACCAGUUCCCCGAGAGGUCCUCAUCACAAACGGCCUCCCAACAUAUGCAAAAGCAGCCUUCUCCUGAGCUCCCAGCAAAAUCCAGCAGACGACCCAACCUCAAUAGACAGGAUUCUUCAACCCCCCAGUCAAUCCCCAGAGCUACCUCACCUUCCCAGACCCUAAAUGACAUGGCUCAGCAUCCCUCCCCUCUUCCUGGAAGCGGUGGCGGGACAGAAAGUCUUACCUUCAUUCCGACUUUCGAAGACAAGAAACCGGAGAAAAAGUCGAAGAAAGAGAAGGAUGAGUCAGAUGGUUCUGGGCCAAGAAAGACGAGUUGGGGCUGGUUCAAGGGAAGCGAUGAGAAGGACAAGAAGGAUAAGAAGAAGGAUGACGACCAUCAUAAAGAAAGCAAAAGGGCUAAAGCUAAAGCUAUUCUCGACAAGUCUCAUGACAAUGCUCGCUUGGAUGUUUUGCAAUCUACCAUGGAUACUGCCGUUCCCCGAAAUCGCGAAAGCUUGUUGCUCGACCGUGACAACAUUGAGAACAAGCUUCAAGAUGAGAGGAAGAAGGAGAGCAGUCGGAAGUCUGGCGGUGAAAACAAAAAAGAGAAAGAUGGACUAUUCUCCUCGUUUUUUGGCGGCGGCAAGAAGAAGGGUGACCGUGAUUCAGGCAGCAAGAAGGGCUCUUCGCUGCGAGCGCUGUCACCUGACCCUCCACAUCGACAGCUUAAGCCUGAUGUUGAUUACAAUUGGACCAGAUUCUCCAUUCUCGAAGAAAGGGCUAUCUACCGUAUGGCCCACAUCAAGUUGGCAAAUCCUCGAAGAGCUCUAUAUAGUCAGGUUCUGCUAAGUAACUUUAUGUAUUCGUAUUUGGCCAAGGUGCAGGAGAUGCAUCCGCAAAUGCAAAUUCCUCAGUCGGCGCUUCAGAAGAAGCAGGAAGCAGAGCGCCGGCAGAAAGAGCUAGAGGAGCAACAGCAGCAGCAGCGACAGCAGGGCGAAGAACAGUAUCGAUACGAUUACCACCAGGGGAUUACACAAUACGCCGAGUCCUCGCAUGGUCAGCCGAGUGAAGGCGUCGAGUAUGUAGAUGAUUCCCAGAUCUAUGACUAUGAUCACGAGGAGGAUGAUUCAAAUCGGCCCCAAUCGCGAGCCUCGCAGCACAACUCGGAAAAUGGCUACGGCGAUCAAGGACAGUACAACCGGCAGGGCAAAGACUACUAUCAGUACGGCCACUCGGACCGGCAUGGGCAUGAAGAAGAUCGGGAUGAUGAGAUGUGGUGA